CACAACAAGAACAAGAACACAAUGGGUGGUUUUACUAGUAUCCUUUCUCUUUUGAUCAUUCUUGCUGUGAUGAUGGAGUACUCAUCAUCUUCAGUUUCUGGCUGCUUCCUGAGUGCUCAUAAGCAUGUAAGAGUGAAGAACUCGUUGGGUGCAGGAAAGAUAUUGCAUUUGCGGUGUCGAUCAAAGGACGAUGAUUUUGGAGAGAAGACACUUAAUUACAAUCAGGAAUUCACAUGGGACUUCUGUGAUUCUGUUUUUACAGCUAACACUCUCUACUAUUGUGAUUUCCAUUAUGAAAAGAAGGCGACUCAUGCAGACGUUUAUGAUGCAGGAAGAGAUAGUUGUAAGGACUGCAUGGCUCUUGUACAACCUGAUGGGGUUCAUGUUGUAGACAAAUAUAAUACAAAGGACAACAGACUGGUUUCAAGCUGGAAUUGAGAGGGUAGAUUUUGGAUCUCUUGCAUGUAUUUUCACCUAGAUGUACAUGUGAGACAGAUCCAAACUUUAAAGGACAGGCCUCUGAGAAUAAGGUUGCUCUACUGCAAGUCUGCAAUCUAGUGGUUGCGGGUUUUGUGGAUCCAUCCAUUGUUUUUUUCUAUUUUUUUUUUUCUGGGAAAACUCUUAAUAAUAAAAUGGGGUUGGAGACAAAUUAAGUGGUUUCCCCCUAUUAUUCCU